AAUUAUUGUUCGAUUUUAAUUGCAUUUAGAAAUUAAUUUAAAACAACAUUUCAGAGAAAAAAAUGGCCAAGGGUAAGAAGUCUAAGAAGGAUGAGGACAGUGAAACUGGUUCUGAAGAAGAAUCAAUGAUUGAGGAGAAGAGUGCUAAGGGGAAGAAAGAUCGAAAGAAGAAAAAGGAAAAAUCGAUUUCGGAAGAUAUGGAAAAGGGAAUGGAUAAGUUAAAUCUAAGUGAUGAAGAAGAAGAUGAUGAAGAUAUUCCCAAACCAGUGAAGAAGGAGAAGAAGAAGAAAAAGAAGAAAGCGAACUCGGACAGCGAAGACGAUGCUCCUGCAGUGAGCAAGGGUGGAUUCAGUUUAUUGAUGGCGGAUGACCUCCCCUCCGAAGAUGAAGAGAAGAAUGAAGAGGAGGAAGAGGAAGUAGUGAAGGAGGAGAAGAAACCAGAGAAGAAGAAGAAGAAAGGGAAAGGAGACGAACAGGAAGUAUCAAAGGAGAAAGGAAAGAAGAAGAAGAAAAAGAAGAAUGAUGACGAUGACGAGGAUUUAGAUGCAAUGCUGGCCGCAUUACGGGCGGAGUAUAAUGAUGAAGCUCCGCCCCCCGAGGCGGAAAAUGCUUUUGCAGAUACAGAAAAGGACAAGAAGAAGAAGAAAGACAAGAAGAAGGCGGAACCUAAAGCAGAUACCGAAGAGGCGGAGGAUGCUGGUUUUGAGGUUAUAGACGGAGAAGAGGUCGGCGGAACAGUCAAAACCGCCGCGCAGAAGAAGAAAGAGAAGAGAGAAAGGCAAAAGCAGAAAGAGAAAACGGAUGAGAAGUCCAAGGGGACUCUUGAAAAGAAGGACAGUGUUGAAAAAGAAGAGAAGGGAGUUAAAGACGAGACUGAGGCCACUCCUGAAGGAGGAGAAUUAGAAGAAGAAGAAGGUGGGGAUAAGAAGGGAAAAAAGAAGAAGGGUAAAAAAGAGGAGGAAGAUAAGAAAAAGAAGAAGCCUAACAAAGCCGUCCUAGCCGCAAUGCAGGAAGUUCUUCAGCGUCAAAAGGAGGAAGAGGAGAGAAUGAGGUUGGAAGAAGAGGAGAAGGAACGGUUAGAGGAUCUGAGAAUCAAGGAGUUGCUGGAACAGAAGAAGAAGGAGGAGGAGAAGAGAGCCGCGAAGAAGGAGAGGGAGAAGCAGAAGAAAGCAGAGUUGAAGGCCCAAGGAAAACUGUUGACUCCGGCACAGAAGGCAGCUAAGGCAAGAGCAGAGGCUAUGCUGGAAGCGAUGCGGGCUCAGGGAGUAAAUGUACCUGUGGCCGGUGAGAAAAGACUAAGACCCGGAGCUAAACCAAGGAAUAAGAACAAGAAGCAGACGACCCCGGAGUUAGAGGCUAAAGAGGAGGAGAAUGAGGUUAGAGAAGAGAAAACAGAGGACACAGCUUCCACGGACACACCUGCUGAACUACCGGAGGAAUUGCCAACGGAGGAAAAGGAGGAAGAAAUAAAGGAUGCUUGGGACAUAGAGAGUGACACAGAAGAAGAGAAAGCAAAGAAAAAGGAGAAUAAGGAGGAGGAGGAAAAGAAGAAGGUUGUGGAGCAGGUGAAGGAAGAACCAGAGGAGGAUGACGAAGAUGAAGAGGAGGAGGAUGAGGACUCGGAUGAAUCUGAGUCCGAGGAUGAUGAUAGUGAGGAUGAGAGUGAAGAAGAUGAUGAUGAGGAGGAGGAAGAGGAAGAAGAUCUGGCAGAAGCAGAAAAGAAGAGAAGAAGGGCUCUGGAGAGAAUUAGAUUAAGGAAGGAGGAGAAUGAAAAGAACAGGACUACAGAUGUAUUGCGAGCCCCUGUGGUUUGUGUACUUGGCCACGUAGACACUGGAAAAACUAAAAUUCUUGACAAGCUGCGUAGAACGAAUGUCCAGGACGGAGAGGCAGGUGGUAUUACUCAGCAGAUCGGAGCAACCAAUGUUCCUAUUUCCGUCAUCCAGGAGCAAUGUAAGAUGGUUCCUGAGUUUAUCUCUAACCCACUGAAGCUCCCUGGCCUCCUUAUCAUUGAUACACCUGGUCACGAAUCCUUUAGUAACCUCAGGGACAGAGGGAGCAGUCUCUGUGAUAUAGCAAUCUUAGUUGUCGAUAUUAUGCACGGACUGGAACCCCAGACAAUAGAGAGUUUAAAUCUACUUAAGAAGAAGAAAACUCCAUUUAUUGUAGCACUUAACAAAAUAGACAGAUUGUACGAAUGGAAAGCAAACAGGCACAAGGACGUUAGAGAGGUUAUGGAGAUGCAACAGCAUAAUACACAGAUGGAGUUUAAGAAGAGAAAGGAUGAAGUUAUUCUCGGCCUGAACGAACAAGGAUUGAACGCAUCACUUUUCUAUGAGAACCCCGACCCUAAAGAGUACAUAAACCUGGUUCCGACCUCCGCCCACAGUGGAGACGGGAUGGGGAACCUCAUGGCCAUGCUUGUUCAACUAUCACAAACCUUCCUUGCAAAACGGUUGUCUUACACGGAAGAAGUGCAAGCAACAGUUUUAGAGGUGAAAGCUAUCGGUGGUUUUGGAACCACAAUUGACGUUGUAUUGGUGAACGGACAGUUGAAGUUUGGACAGACCCUAGUGUUGGCUGGUACAGAUGGACCUAUAGUUACGACAGUGAAAGCUCUCCUUACUCCGUCUAAAAUGCAGGAUCUUCGAGUUAAGAGUCAGUAUACUGAGCAUAAAGUGCUUCAUGCAGCUCAAGGUGUCAAGAUUGCUGCCAAGGAGUUGGAAAAGGUUAUUGCUGGACUCAGUAUGAGAGUAGCGAAUAAUCCUGAUGAGGUUGAAAUACUAAAAGAGGAAGCUGAAGCAGAUCUUAAAAGCGCUCUUAAUGCAAUUAAACUUAAAGACCGAGGAGUGUUUGUGCAGGCGUCAACUCUUGGGUCUUUAGAGGCGCUACUCGAGUUUUUAAAAGCUUCGAAAAUUCCGUAUGCUGGGGUUAGAAUUGGUCCUGUUGUUCGACGUGACGUAAUGCGUGCCAGCACUAUGCUUGAACACGAAGCCAAGUACGCCGUCAUUCUGGCUUUUGACGUCAAGGUUGAGAGAGACGCCCAGGAGAUGGCGGACAGGGAGGGAGUCAAAAUAUUCCAGGCAGACAUCAUUUAUCAUUUAUUCGAUAGGUUUACUGAAUAUCAAGCAGAUCUGGCCAAACAGAAAAAGGAACAAUUCAGAUCUGUUGCUGUAUUCCCGUGUAAGCUGAGGAUAAUGAAAGAACACGUCUACAUGUCCAGAGACCCUAUAGUGUGUGGGGUGAAGGUUGAAGCAGGAACCAUAAAAACUGGAACUCCGAUCUGUGUACCGAGCAAAGAAUUUAUCUAUAUCGGAAUAUGCACAGGGAUACAGCACAACAGCAAGGAUGUUGAGUUUGCGCGUAAAGGAGACGAGGUUUGCGUGAAGAUUGAGGCUGUCCCGGGGGAGGCGCCGAAGAUGUUUGGUCGACACUUUGACGAGACAGAUCUUCUUAUCAGCAGAAUAUCCCGUGAAUCUAUCGACGCUUGUAAGGACUACUUCAGAGACGAGCUGACAAAGACAGACUGGGUUCUCAUGGUUGAGCUGAAGAAACUCUUUGAAAUAUUGUGAUUGAGACAUGAACAAUCUGUAAUCAAUCCGGCUCAAAUCACAUGCUUUAUGUUUUCUCUCACUCGCUCAGCCAGUUACAACUCGUUCGAACCAGAUCAAUCGGGAGACGAGUCGCCAUUUUUAGUCUUUUAUUCUUUCCCCAUCCUUUAUCGAUCAAUGUUUUGUUAAAUCAUAUGUAAUGCUACAUUUAUUAUUUUUUUUCACUUGUUAGUCUUUUCACUGGUGACGUUUUUAUUCCAUCCAUCUUCGAUAGCCAUGCUUUUGUAAAAUUUAAAUAUCUCUUAUCGUAGAUUUGAUCCCAUAAAACUUUGAAUUAUUAUUAAAGAAAUAUUUUUUGAUUGGAUUUGAUUAAGUAAGGUUUUAUUUACCCUCUUUUUAGCAAUUUUUGUUUUUGUUUUCUGGGUGCCUAGUCUCUUGAAAUAAGUUCAAACGAUCAAAAAAUACGUUUCUCAAAUUCCCGUGACCAUUGCACCUAAAAAUCAACCCUUCAUCUCGUUGGCGAGGACAAAGAUUUCAUUGUUUUUUUUUUCUCGUUGGAAUUUAUCUCCGUAUGUUCAGUAGAGAAUCAAAUAUUUUUCUAUCAGAAUUGUUCAGAAGACGAUUAAAAAUGAAAUCGUCGUUGUGAAUCGUUUAUGAAAAAUAUUAAAGUUGACAUUUUCUAUGACAUUGACAUUAUUCCUGUAAGGCAUAUUUUAUAUUAUAUAUAAGUGUACGAGCUUAAAAACUUUUUUUUUCUACCGUCGCUAAAAUAAUUUUUUUUUUGACAUACAAAGAGUAAAUCGUUAAGGGUGAUCGUUAAGGAUGAAUUUUAAAAGUUUUCUGAAAGGGGGGGGGGGUAUAUAAUAAAUGUAGUAAACCUGUCUGUGAUCGGUUUAAUUAAUAAAUUGAAUAAAAUCAAAAAAUUG